CUCUGUUGGCAUCGGUGACGCAUUCCACAGUUGGUUGGUUGCCGCAAGGUAGGCCGGAGGGCCCAAAAUUUUCUUGUGGAAACUGCAAGUCUGCGCUGCCUUCCCCCCCCCCCCCCCCCCCCCCUCCCAGCCCGACAAGCUCAACCUACGAACAAAAGCUGUGAAAAAUGGCUGACCCUGGAAGCAUUCUUGCUGUAGGAGGUGCCGUCAUUGGAGCAGCGGGUGCCCUCAUUGCAGCGCCAGUAGCACUGGGUGCUGUGGGCUUUGGCGCCGCCGGUGUUACUGCCGGCUCAUUGGCUGCUGCAGCACAGGCCACCAUGGGUGGCUUCGUUGCGAAGGGCAGCCUGUUUGCUCUUUGCCAAAGCUGGGGUGCUGCAGGCAUUCCCAUCGUUGCAAAGGGAGUCUUGGCCACAGCUGGCGCAGUUCUUGGCUACAACGUUGGAGACUGAACUGCCUUUGCUAGCAGACACCAUGACAUGCACAAGUGUUUGUCUAAGGUGCAAUAAUAAAACCAGAAAAUUCAA